UCGUGUAAUUGUAUUGACUUCAGUGAAAGGUUGGGUUACAAGGAAAUGAAAAUUGUAAAGCAUUAUUUGGAAGAGCUCUUCAAAAUUUUGGCAGACCCGUUAACGUUAUCACUCGACAAGUUGUCCCUGGAGUGACGGAUAUCAAUAAGGAGAUCUGCCUUGCUGGAAUCAAUCAGACUUGACCAGACUGAAGAACAAAGACAAUAAUGCCUAGAGGAAAAACAUAUGCUGACAACUCCUACAACAGGAGUAUUGGGAGAGUGGGAGCACCAAUGGGGAGCAUGCCUGUGUCUGCAUCAUCAAGAUCAUCAAGCGGGGGUGGUUACUCGUCAUUCGGUAGCCACGGAUCGUACGUAGACAACUCCUAUAAUAGGAGUGUGGGAAGGGUAGGGAUGCCGCUGGGUAGCAUGCCAAUGUCUGCAUCAUCAAGCGGGGGUGGUUACUCGUCAUUCGGUAGCCACGGAUCGUACGUAGACAACUCCUAUAAUAGGAGUGUGGGAAGGGUAGGGAUGCCGCUGGGUAGCAUGCCAAUGUCUGCAUCAUCAAGCGGGGGUGGUUACUCGUCAUCCGGAAGCCACGGAUCGUACGUAGACAACUCCUAUAAUAGGAGUGUGGGAAGGGUAGGGAUGCCGCUGGGUAGCAUGCCAGUGUCUCGAUCAUCUUCUGCAUCAUCAGAAUCCAGUCGCAACUCAUCCGUUGGAAGCUCAGAUACCUACGUUGAUAACGCUUACAACAGAAGUGUUGGCCGGGUUGGCAUGCCGAAAGGUAGCAUGCCAGUCUCCAAGUCAUCAGUUGGAGCCUCACUUGCCUGCGGCACUGUUAAAAGUUAUAGCAACAAGACUUCUGCCAGCUCGGGAGACUCGUCCAAAUCUGCUGCGGAGGGGAAGUUAUACAAAGAUAAUGCUUUCAACCGAGCAUUGGGUCGAGCUGGCAUGCCGCUUGGGUCCAUGCCCCACAGUCGAGUACCCACAAGGAGCGAGUACAGCCGCAGCCAAGCAUCCAAAUCCUCAGAGAAGUUCUACGUGGACAACCCCAUGAACCGAAAGCUGGGCAGGGUGGGCCUGAAGAUUGGAACCAUGCCGGUGUCUAGGACAGGAAGCAAAAACAGCCGAAAGCAAAAACAGCCUACACAUGUCAUGAAUGAGAUGUUUGAUCAACUGCAGAGGGCUGGACAUGAAGCAGAUGACUUUGAAAAAUUUCCAGACGAUGUCCCUGAGAAAGAGUUGGAAUACAUGUGCGACACUGUGUUCAGUCUCAUCAGACGUAUGAACCAGGCUCUGAAGUGGAAGGAAUCCAACCAAGGUAAGCAGCCUCGCACAGCACUUAAGACCUUUAAGUACGAUGGGCCAGUCGUCAAGUUUGAGGAGAUAGAGAUCCUGGAGAAGAUCGGGCAUGGGGGCUUUGGAGACGUCCACUUUGGCAAAUACAAAGGCACCGUGGUUGCUGUCAAGAAGCUGCGGGUCCAGCGCGUGUCACAGCGGCGACUGCGGCAGUUUCAAGAGGAAGUGGAGAUUCUGUAUCGCUUAGACCAUCCCCACAUUGUCAGGUUCAUUGGCGCCAGCAUAAUCACACCAAAUCUGGCCAUUCUGAUGGAGUACAUGCAAAAGAGUCUUUUCGAUGCUCUCCAUGUUCAAGAGCAAGAUUUCACUUCUAAGGAGCAGCACCAGAUCCUGCUACACAUGGCUGAUGGUUUGGCUUAUCUGCAUGGGUUUUCGGUGGCCCACUGUGACAUGAAGUCCACUAAUAUUCUCCUGGAUAGCACCGACGAUGGCAUUGUGGCAAAGAUAUCCGACUUUGGCCUCAGCAUGAUGAAGAGCGAAACAGAAACAUCGCAGUCCACAGCCAAAGUCCAAGGAGUUGGUACACCUAAGUACUCAGCACCGGAGGUACUGGCAGGGGAGGAGCUUGGUCUGCCGGCCAUGUGCAAGGCUGAUGUCUACUCAAUGUCUGUGGUGGCUUGGGAAGUCAUCUGCCAAGAGGUGCCUUUCAGUGGUCUGAACAUACAUCAGCUGAUGCGCCGUGUAAGCAGUGGGGAUGUCAACCUGAAGUUUCCCGAGGAUGUCCAGGUUGGAGACGGUCUGAAGGAUCUGCUGAAGGAGUGCUGGAGCCGUGAUGCCAACAAGCGACCAUCUACGCAAGCAUUCAAGGACCGCUUGGAACAGCUGAAUAGUAUCUUGUAAACCAGCAUAUGUGCAUUAUGCAUGCACUCCUGGGUCAAUUCAUGAAGCUCUUUGAUUGAUUGUGUCACAAGUUACAUAUCUUAAAUUACCUACAAUGUUUAGUAGACUAGAAAAUAUAGUUACUUCUCUUGAGGAGAAAUCGUAUAUUCAUAUAUUAUUUACAGGGCAUAUAUUUUCUUUCUAAGCGUGUGAUUUUGUUGGAACAGCUGGAUAAUAUGUUGUAAACGGUAGCCAACAUAUAUCUGCAUUAUGCAUGCAGGCCCUUCAUGCCACUCUUUGCUCAUUUCACGAAGCUGUUCAAUUGAUUAUGUCAUAAGUUACGCAUCUAAAAUUACGUAGAACGUUUAGUAGACUAGAAAAUUUAGUUAGUUCUCUUGGGGAGAAAUUGAAUAUUCAUAUAUCAUUUACAGGGCUAUAUUUUCUUUCUAAGCGUGUGUUUUUAAUUGCAUGAGCAUGUCGAUUAUAAGUUUUGUGCAACGGUGCCCUUUCUUAUCUUUCUAAGCUUAAUGAGCAAGUGAUAUAUGUAUUCAACAUGUUUAUUCAUAAGUAUAUCAAACACAAUUUUAAGUAGCAUUAAAAGCAAGCUAUUUUAAUUUUAUUUAGUUUUGCUCAAACUUUAAGG